AUGCCCAAAAAAAGCUUCUUAAUCAAAAAAUUAUUCGAAAAUGUCGAAAAAAUGGAAAUAGACACCGAAAUGUGUGGAGACGUCGAGGAUCAUCUAGGGAUGUCGUGGAAAAUCCGCUUGCUUCGAAAAGACCAAAAACUCAAGGUCUAUCUGGAUUGUCUGGAAAAAAUCGAUAAUCCGGAAUCGCUGAUUUCCACAGGCGGGAAAUUCAAAUUCAACGGAAAGGAGCAAAUCUUUUUUCAUGAUUUUACGAAAAUCGAAAAUUCGAAAUUGGCAAUUUUAGAAUAUUGGUCGCAGAAUUCGAAUUAUCUGAAAAAUGGAAGUGCUGAAAUUGAAUUUCUCGUAGAAAUCGAUACGGAAAAAUCGAUUGGUAUCAAAAUUGGAAAAGAAAAAUCGAGAAUUUUCGAUGAUGACGUGGCAAAAGAGGUUUCAGAUGUCGUUCUGACGAUUGCUCAGCGUAAAUUCUAUGUGUCGAAGUUGACACUAGCAUCACAAUCGACAUAUUUUAAAACGUUGUUUUUGGGAAAAUUCGUCGAAUCCGAAAAAUCGAUAAUCGAGUUGAAGGAUAUCGAUCCGCACGAAUUUCAGAUUUUUCUGGAAUUUUUGUAUGGAGAAUCGGUUUUGAAUGGCUGUCUGUCUGUCUGA